AUGGCAGUCGUCGGCUUCUUCCACCACAUCGGCACCUUCCUGAUCCUGGUGGCCGUGGCCCUGCUCAUCGUCACGACCAUCUCGGCCCCGGUCGUGCACGACAUCUCCAUCCUGCGGGUCAACAUGCGCAACUCGGACCAGAGCAUCUCGUUCGGCACGUUUGGCUACUGCGUGCUCGACGCCGACGGCAACGGCAACGACCGCUGCACGGGCUCGCACGUCGGCUACCAGCCCGCCGACAUCCUGGGCGAGCAGCUGCGCGUCGACUUCUCGGACGCCGCGCGCAGGACGGCCAACGGCCUGACCAAGACCAUGGUCCUGCACCCCAUCGCCACGGGCGUCUCCUUCAUCUCGUUCGCGCUGACCCUCGGCGCCGGCGUCGUGGGCUCCUUCCUCGCCUCCGUCGUCGCCGUGAUUUCCUUCGUCAUCACCUGCGCCGCCCUCGUCUGCGACUUUGUCCUCUUCAGCAUCGUCAAGCACCACGUGUCCGACGCCAACGACAACGCGGGCGGGCCCAACGGGAACGGCCGCGCCAGCGCCAGCUACUCGGUCGCCAUGUGGACCAUCCUCGUCGCCGCCAUCCUCGAGCUGCUGGCCGCCAUCGUCAUCUUCUUCAGCUGCUGCUCCGCCCGCAUGCACCGCCAGCGCACGGCGCGCACGAGCAAGCACGCCGUCCCCGCCGACGACUACGGCACCGCCGUCGCCCCUCGCCGCCGCCGCCGCUGGUUCUAA